CCGGUUUCAGCAACCUGAAGACUGAGGUGUGGACAGGACGCGAGCGAGGCGGUUGACUUGGCUGAGUCAGCUCCAAUGGGGGCCGGUUGUGACCCGGUCUGACCCCGGUUUGACCUUGCAGUGACCUUUGACCUCUCCGGUCCUGGCUCUCCACCUGCUCUGCUGCCUGGGUUCGGGAACGCUCCGCCCUGGGGCCCAGAACGAGCCAAUCAGAAUGAAGAAGAGCCGCAGCGUGCUGUCUGUGACUGGAGAAGAGAAGGCGGAGUCAUCUCGGUACAGCCGAUCCUAUACGUCUGGGGCCACAUUAGGGGCUGAGCUACGCAGAGGGAGGAGCAGAAGGCUCUCUUCUAGUCUCCAGGUACCCUGCUGGCUCCGCCCUCGAGACCGCACACGUUCACCAGAGGUUCUGAACAACGUGUCGCGUCCAACAACUCUUCCCCUCCGCAUCCCGCCACGCAUCUCCAUCACACAAGCAGACUCCGACAGUUACGAAGCAGAAAAUGGCUUGUCACCAGGUCACACCCCAGUGGGUUCUCAGAGUCCAAGCCUCACCCUGCACACCUCCUUUCCCCAGGGCCAGAGAAGAGAGUCCUUCCUCUACCGUUCCGACUCGGACUACGACAUGUCGCCCAAGGCGGUCUCACGUAACUCCUCCCUCGCCAGCGAAGGACACACAGGCGAGGACUUCAUUGUCACACCUUUUGCUCAAGUGCUUGCCAGUCUGCGAUCAGUACGGAGCAACUUCACCAUUCUUGCCAACGUCUCCACACCAACAAUAAAGAGGUCUCCUCUGGGUGGAGUGUGUGUCAGUCCCAGGGCGUCACUAUCAGACCAACAGUACCAGCAGCUCGCCCUGGACACAUUAGAAGAGCUGGACUGGUGCUUGGACCAGCUGGAGACCAUUCAGACGCACCGUUCUGUCAGCGAAAUGGCCUCCACCAAGUUUAAGAGGAUGCUGAACAGAGAGCUGUCCCACCUGUCAGAGAUGAGUCGCUCUGGUAACCAGGUGUCUGAAUACAUCUCCAGCACCUUCAUGGACAAGCAGAACGAGGUGGAAAUCCCAUCUCCUACUCUGAAAGAGAAAUCUAUGAGUCACAUCACUGGAGUAAGGAAACUGUCUCACAGCUCCAGCCUCUCCAGCACUUCAAUGCCUCGCUUCGGUGUCAACACAGACCACGAGGAUGAGCUUGCCAAGGAGUUGGAGGAUCUGGACAAGGGAGUUUUUAACAUAUUCAGAGUAGCAGAAUUCUCCAACAACAGACCUCUCAGCUUCAUGUAUACCAUCUUCCAGGAGCGAGAGCUGUUGAAGACGUUUCGUAUCCAAGUCACACCUUGUCCUUACGUGAUGACCCUGGAGGACCAUUACCAUGGAAACGUAGCGUACCACAACAGCCUCCAUGCUGCAGAUGUCACCCAGUCCACACAUGUCCUCCUCUCCACACCUGCUCUUGAUGCCGCCUUUACCGACCUGGAGAUCCUCGCCGCUCUGUUCGCUGCAGCUAUCCAUGAUGUAGACCACCCCGGAGUCUCCAAUCAGUUCCUUAUCAACACCAACUCAGAGCUGGCCCUCAUGUAUAACGAUGAGUCAGUUUUGGAGAACCACCACCUCGCUGUGGGCUUCAAGCUUCUGCACCAGGAAAACUGUGACAUCUUCCAGAACCUCACCAAGAGGCAGCGCCAGAGUCUUCGCAAGCUUGUCAUCGAUAUGGUGUUGGCCACAGACAUGUCCAAACACAUGACGCUACUGGCGGACCUGAAGACCAUGGUGGAGACCAAGAAGGUGACCAGCUCGGGUGUGCUGCUCCUGGACCACUAUACAGAACGGAUACAGGUGCUGAGGAACAUGGUGCACUGUGCAGACCUGAGCAACCCCACCAAGCCGUUGCCGUUGUACAAACAGUGGACGGAGAGGAUCAUGGAGGAGUUCUUUCGACAGGGUGACAAGGAGCGUGAGAGAGGGAUGGAGAUCAGUGCCAUGUGUGACAAACACACCGCUUCAGUGGAGAAGAGUCAGGUGGGUUUCAUCGACUACAUCGUUCACCCGCUGUGGGAGACGUGGGCCGACCUGGUGCACCCAGAUGCCCAGGAGCUGCUGGACACGCUGGAGGAGAACAGGGAGUGGUACCUGAACACCAUGCCCCAGUCUCCCUCACCUCCCCCGGACAGACACCUACAGCACGACCGCUUCCAGUUCGAACUCACCCUGGAGGACCUGGAGCACAACAACCACAACCAUAUAAACCUGAGGAACAGCGGCGGGAAAACCAUCUGCGAUGAUGGCGCCGCAGACGAAACGGAGGAUGGCCCGGCGGAGCUGGAAGGGGAGGAACAGAACCAUGUAGGAACUGAGAAAGAAGACGAGGAGAAUCACAACAGCGAACAAAACGGACUCCCAGAUGAAGAGGAGGAAGAGAGUAGAGAAAGGGAGGGAGAAGAAGAGGAGGAGGUGAAGAAGAGGGUGACGAGGAAGGACAAAAGGAUGAAGAGGAAGGUGCUGAAAAUGAGGAAGGAGAAGGCGAGGAAACUUUGGAAAACGAAGAGGUAG